GCAGCCAACUUUAGGUCUGUACAUGACUCUGCGGCUUUGACACAAAACAUUCAGAGAUUAUUUCACUGUUUCUAAAAUAGUCAAUAGAAGAGACGUAAAGCAAAAGCAUAAGCAAAAUGCCCACUGAAAAUCUGGAAGAGCAGGGUCUGGAGAAGAAUCCCAACCUUGAGUUGGCACAAACCAAAUUUUUGCUCACACUCGCCGAGCACAAACAAGAUGCGGCACUCAAAACCAAAUUGCUGGAUGCGAUUCGGGGCGAUAAUAUGGCACCGUGGUAUGAACACAUAUGCACAGAGCUCAACUGGAUCGUGGACAAUGAGAUGCUGGCACGGAUGCGCGAACAGAAUUGCAUUGCCAUCGAACUGCUGGACGCCGCCAUUGAGGACGCAGAAAAGAAUCUCGGUGAGAUGGAAGUGCGUGAGGCGAAUCUAAAGAAAUCGGAAUACUUGUGUCGCAUUGGAGACAAGACAGCAGCGGAGACAGCGUUCCGCAAGACAUACGAGAAGACAGUGUCGCUGGGCCAUCGACUCGACAUCGUCUUCCAUCUGAUUCGCCUGGGGCUAUUCUAUUUGGAUCAUGAUCUGAUCACACGCAACAUCGACAAGGCAAAGUAUUUAAUCGAGGAGGGAGGCGAUUGGGAUCGUCGCAAUCGUCUCAAGGUCUACCAAGGCAUUUAUUCGGUGGCAGUGCGUGAUUUCAAAGCUGCUGCGACCUUCUUCCUGGACACGGUCAGCACCUUCACCUCGUACGAGCUGAUGGACUAUCCAACAUUUGUCCGCUAUACGGUGUAUGUGUCAAUGAUUGCCCUGCCCCGCAAUGAGUUGAGGGAGAAGGUGGUGAAGGGUUCGGAAAUACAGGAGGUUCUGCACGGCCUGCCCGAUGUGAAGCAGUUUCUCUUCUCGCUCUUCAACUGCCAGUACGAGCAGUUCUACGUGAAUUUAGCCCAGGUGGAGAAGCAACUGCGCUCUGACUACCUCGUUCAUCCGCAUUAUCGGUACUAUGUGCGUGAGAUGCGCAUUUUGGGCUACACACAGCUGUUGGAAUCGUACCGUUCGCUGACGCUUCAAUAUAUGGCGGAGUCGUUUGGCGUCACCGUCGACUACAUCGAUCAGGAGCUGUCCAGAUUUAUUGCUGCCGGUCGUUUACAUGCCAAGGUGGAUCGUGUCGGGGGCAUUGUGGAGACGAAUCGGCCGGAUAAUAAAAAUUGGCAAUAUCAGGCCACGAUUAAGCAGGGCGAUCUUCUGCUCAAUCGCAUACAGAAGCUGAGCCGUGUCAUUAAUAUUUAAGUUACACCCAAGAACAUAUAAAAUUUAUUAAAGAAAAUUCAAAUUAUUACAAAUGUAAAAACUAAAACAUUUAUAUUAUGAAACGAUAGAAUU